AUUUCAAAUUAGGGGAUGCCGCUACAUGCAAUAUUUCUGUCCUCACCUCUAGUCUUUAUGGACUAUGAGAAAGGUUUAUCAGUUAUAUCAAUUCAUAUAAAAGUAUGUAUCGCAAGCUAGUUCCUCACUCUGACAAUGUCAACGACAGAUUCGAAAAAUAAACCAUGCUGUCAAAUAAACAAAAAAGAUUGACAUUGCUGUAGGCCAAUCCGAUAUGCUAAAAUAAUGUGAUUGUCUUCUUUGAUCCAAUCAGGAGGGAUUAAGAUUCUGCGUGCAGCUAGCCUACUAGGGUGUCUUUCUUGUUCAGGUCUAGCUAACUUGUGAAGCUAAGCGGCUAGCCAGGUAUCAGACUUGAGAAAAUACAGCAAUCUUCUCGUCGAGAUAGCGGCUACAUUUAUAGUUGGGUUUAAAGGAAAGGUUUCCCCUUUGUCUACUGCAUAUAUCGUUACACGGAGAAGAGCUCGAGAUUCUCAUCAUCAAGUGGUGUCAUCUCUUCUGUACAUAUCUAGCUCAUCCUCACACCAGCCCUGUGAUUCCUUACGAAACAGAGGGACCACACCAGAGAAAGGGCCAAACUGUGCCUCCCUUCCUCCAGGUCCCCUCUGCCUCCCGAGUGUGUUUGAGUUUUCUCAAGAAUCCUCCUCGCUAUACCCAAAAUGUCCUCCAUCUUGCCUUUCACCCCUCCGGUUGUGAAGAGGCUCCUGGGGUGGAAGAAGUCAGCCAGCGGCCCCGGGGGAGCAGGGGGUGGAGAACAGAAUGGCCAGGAGGAGAAGUGGUGUGAGAAGGCUGUCAAGAGCCUGGUUAAGAAGCUGAAGAAGACUGGACAGCUGGACGAGCUGGAGAAGGCCAUCACCACCCAGAACUGUAACACCAAGUGUGUCACCAUCCCCAGCAAUUGCUCUGAAAUAUGGGGACUGAGUACACCAAAUACGAUAGAACAGUGGGAUACCUCAGGCCUAUACAGCUACCCUGACCAAACCAGAUCCCUGGAUGGGCGCCUGCAGGUAUCUCACAGAAAGGGUCUUCCUCACGUCAUCUACUGCCGCUUGUGGCGAUGGCCCGACCUGCACAGCCACCAUGAACUGCGUGCCAUCGAGGCCUGCGAGUACGCCUUCCACCUCAAGAAGGACGAGGUCUGCAUCAACCCCUACCACUACCAGAGGGUGGAGACCCCGGUUCUGCCUCCUGUACUUGUGCCAAGACACUCGGAAAUUCUGACAGAGCUGCCCCCAUUGGACGACUACACUCAUUCCAUACCUGAGAACACAAGCUUUCCUGCGGGGAUCGAGCCUCCAAAUAACUACAUACCAGAAACACCACCACCUGGAUACAUAAGUGAGGAUGGGGAAGCCAGCGAUCAACCGAUGAAUCAAAGUAUGGACACAGGUUCUCCUGCUGAAUUGUCCCCUGGCACCCUCUCACCUGUCAAUCAUAGCAUGGACCUGCAGCCGGUGACUUACUCUGAGCCUGCGUUCUGGUGCUCUAUAGCCUACUAUGAGCUGAACCAGCGUGUUGGAGAGACAUUCCAUGCUUCGCAGCCCUCUCUGACCGUGGAUGGUUUCACAGACCCCUCCAACUCAGAGCGUUUCUGUCUGGGCUUGCUCUCCAACGUCAACAGGAAUGCCACUGUAGAGAUGACCAGGAGGCACAUAGGAAGAGGAGUCCGGCUGUACUAUAUUGGCGGUGAGGUGUUUGCUGAGUGUCUCAGUGAUAGCGCCAUCUUUGUUCAGAGUCCAAACUGCAACCAGCGGUAUGGGUGGCACCCAGCAACCGUUUGCAAAAUUCCUCCAGGUUGUAACCUGAAGAUCUUCAACAACCAGGAGUUUGCAGCACUGCUGGCCCAGUCCGUAAACCAGGGCUUUGAGGCUGUGUACCAGCUCACCAGGAUGUGCACCAUCCGCAUGAGCUUUGUCAAAGGCUGGGGGGCUGAAUACAGACGGCAGACUGUCACAAGCACUCCCUGCUGGAUUGAGCUGCAUUUGAAUGGACCCCUGCAAUGGCUGGACAAAGUGUUGACUCAGAUGGGAUCCCCUUCUGUACGUUGCUCCAGUAUGUCAUAAUCCUAGAAAACGACCCAAAUAGUCGCCCACUCAAAGAUCAUAAAAUUCGAACUUGAGUCCCAUCGUGAAAAAAAGCUGCAGAAUACAUUUCUGCUGUAACAUACUUCAUAGUAUUUGUGGCCUAGUGCCACUUCCCUGUCUAAACGCACACGCCGUGAGACAGACUUUUCCGAAUAUAAUUUGGCACUUUGUUACCCAUCUUUGUGUUGCACCUUGUUAAAUUGCUUUUCCCCAAAUCCUUAAUAUUAGAUCUAUUUGUGGUACAAAUAAAAUGUAUAUUGGUUUUAAAGUCCAGGGAUGAAUUGUUGUAGGCAGGGGAAAUACCAAAAAAUCUUCUACGCAUAGUUUCUCAGUAAGAGAAUGCUUGUAUAAGUAACACAAGCGUAAAUGCUAAAUAUAUUCAUCCAUCUUUUUGACCAUGAGGUAACUUUUCUCUGGGAAACAUGGAUACAUCUUUUUUUUGUCAGGGGGAGUUAGCUUGGUUAAGAAAUUAUGAUGGCCUUUGUUGCUUUCUCCUUUAAGGGAAAUGCUAAAUUAUGUUUUUAAAUGUAAUUGCUUAAUUGAUGUAAUUAACUCUUUUACUCUUUUGUCAGAAUAUUUCUUUUUUUAUUCCAGAUGUGUGUCGUUGUAAGAUUCACUUCUUAAUGGACAUAUAGGAAUGUUUAGCACAAAAAGAAAACUAAACAGGCUGCAAAAUCAAUCUGGCUAUAGCUGACAUUCAUUUGAGCUCUUUGUCAUUAUAUGGCAUCCUCAAUGUUAUUAUAGGUAGCCUAUGUUUCAUUUCCACCACACACAGCCUCAGAAUGCAGGCUAGUAAGUCCUGAACUUGCUUAAGUUUGGAUGCACAAAGCAGGGACCAGAGAAUAUCAGCUCCAAAAGCUUUUUCUCAUGUUUCACUGGGUGUCUAAGUCUCUCGAGGUGAAUUAUUGAAAGGUUAUUUCACUUGGAGAAUUAAAGGUAUCAGUGAAUUUCAUUCUAUAUUGUGUUUAGCCUAUAUCCCCUUUCUUUUGCUACUUUUUUGUAUUCUCAUGUAUUUUUAUAUAUAAAUAUACUUAAAUGUUCUUCUGUCAUUCACUUUUUAUUAGAGUUAAUAUUUUCAAGACUGCCUGUUUUUAAGUGACAUGGCUCGCAAUCGAUGAGGAGCAUGGAUCAUUCCAUUUUAUUUUUUUUAAAGGUUAAACUUUAAUCUAAUUCCAAAAAAACACUGCCCCACGUAAUGUAAACAGGUAUAUUCUCAACAACAACAAAAAACACAUCUGGUACAUCAAAAGUACACAAAUCAAAGCUUAAAUGCCUGUAACCUGAUAUCUGUUUUCCUGCAAUGUAUGGUUAGGUUAUGUGACUCAGAGGCAUGUAUGAACCUUUUUUUGACUCAUUCAUCUCUUCACUCUUGGAAGCCAUUUGGUGCUCAAUAAAGGAUAAAAGGUCAACCAUAAAACUGAUAUUUUAUUUUUUCAGAUUUUUUUUUUUUAGCUAAAUGUUACAGAAACUUGGCAGUAUUCCAUGUUCUUACAUGAGAGAUGAAACUGCACACUGGGACAGAUUCUGUAUUAGUGUAUGUAUUUGUUCUUGUCUAUAAAAUACAGUAUGUACAACAAGACUGAGCUUGCAGUAUGCCAUUUUCAUUUUGUGGCUGGUGCAAGAUUUUUUUAACAUCUGUUUUCUCCCUUCUCCUUUAUUGAUGUUAUUAAUCUGUUAACCUUACGGCACUAGUGAUUGUACUUUGUAAGUGCAACUACUGUAGUGAGUUUGGAUUUGGGGAACUGAACCAUGUGUUAGGGUCCAGUGUUGAAGCCUUGUACCAUUGGCCUACAAGAUAUGAAUGUGAAGAGUACAUAACAAAUCUGAAGUGGACCAGACGUACAUAACAGUAGAACAGUAAUAUGUGUAUUUAACAGUAAACUAUUUGCAAAGCAGUCAGUAUAGUAGUUGUCACAGUUGUUUUACCAGUAGAGGGCGUUAUUGAUAGAGCAGGGGUUUUUUUCUGACCAUAAGCUUCUCAGGCGUGUGGCAUAUUAUGCAGACUUCAUAAAACACUAAUAAAGAUUUUUAUUCUCAUGAUGA